AUGGCCACACAAGUCGAAUUCGGCUCUGCCCUGACCUCCCUGGCCGGCAUAAGCGAGCCAAGGAACGAGGCCGCCUUCCGGCACUCCUUCAUCAGCCCGCUGUCUGACACCAGCCCCAGUUCUCUGGCCCCGCUCAUCCUGGAGGGCAGGAACAAGCUGGGGAAUCCCGUGGGUCCCGCCACCAUGCCCUCCACUGCGUCCAGGCCGCCUUGGACCCCCAGGCCGUUUUCCCGGGAGGCGUCUACCGACACGUUUGCUACGGUGAAACCGCCCAUCCCGGCACUCAAGCCCAGCAGCAGUACACCAAAGUCCCCCACCUUUGCCCAGAUCUUUGAAGACGCUCCCAGGGGAUCAACUGGAAAUGUACCACCGCUGCUGGAUCAAAAAUCAAUGGAAAGCCAACCCCCCAGGGAGCCGGUCGCCCACCUGCCCUUCUGCCUGAGUCCUCAGGCAAACACCGUCAUCCUCUUUGAAAGCAGAAGCCCUGCGCAGGGGAGGCCCGAGGAGGGAGGGUCCAAGGCCCAGGAGGGGCAGCUGCUACGCUCCCAGUCAGAGAAGUGGGCCCGAAGGCAGCCCUCCCUCUCCACGGACCCCAAGCCGGUCUCUUGGGCCCCUCACUGGAAGGAGGCCAUUGCGGGGGCCCCCAGGGGUUCAGCUAGCAGUGUUGAGCCACAGCAGUGUCCAACUCUGGCCGCUGAGACGCAUUCCCAGGCAGGAGGGAGACCAGCGGCCUCGGCUGGCUUUCGGGAAUCCUGGCAGGAACAGACGCAAUCGACUCCUCCGGCGGCUGCUUCCGGCCCAGGGACCCCAAAGCCGAGGCCGCUCUCCACCGAUCUCACAGGCAGAUUUGCAUCCCAGGAGGUCUCCUGGCAGAAGAAGCCUUGUCUGGCUGAAAGGAGAGAGACGAGCUUUCUGGCAGCCGGCGACCGGGCCCUGGAGGCCGCAGGAGCGAGGAGCGCAGCAGCCGGCUUAAGGGGGGCUGCCCCGGGAGUGAAAAGUGCCAGCCAGCUGCCUGAGUCUCCCCAAAGCUGUUUGUCCUCAGCUGCAGCUGGAGCAGCUCCCCCGGGCCAGGCUGUCCCGGAAGACUCGGGGCAGAACUCCAGAAAGGAGAAGAAGGUGCCCUGGGGGCUCGGAAGCCAGGGGGAGCCCAGUGUGGGGCAGCACAGCGCUAGCACAGGCCAGCCUUUGGGGGAAUGGGGAGAGGUCAGUCCCCAGGGGGCCGGCUUAAGGAACACCGACGCCUUGGGUGGCAAGCACAGAGGCUGCGGUAAAAAGACUGUCCCUCUCCUGGACCCAUCAGCCAAGCCUUGGGCUCCCAGCCCGAGCGAGUCCCUCUGCGGCAGCCCCGGACAGGAGCUCCGGAUGCUGAACAUCCAGCAGAGGAUUAAAGUGCUGACGGCAGAGAAUGCGGGCCUCAAGGCAGGAAGCCUGCGUGCCUCCUUCCGCUCACGGCCUCUUUCCACAGAUUUGACAAAGAUGUUUUCUGGCCCCGUGACUGCAAGUGAGCUGAAGCCCAAGAGGCAGCCUGAAUGGAACAGGAAGCCUGCUGGUGAAACACAAGGCGCUCCAGAGGACGAGACGCUGCCUGCGGGUGGAAAAGAUGUUGGAGAAGCCGGCAUGGCUGGCAGUCCCUGGAAGCCCCUGCUGCUGGCAAAAACACCGUCCAUAGAGGGUCCCCCCAAGAGAGAGGGCACCCUUGCCAAAGGCAGGCCAAACGCUUCUUCGCCUGGGAAAGACCCCGGCUUGGUCCUCAGCCCCAAAGCAAGAACGUUCUCCAGUUCUUCCACUGAAGAUGCCGGCCCUAAAACAGUCAGAGCCACCAUGUUUGAACAUCACGUGCAGAGACACAGCGUGGUGACCAGCCAGCUUGGCCCUGAACCGGCCUUGCUGUCACUGAUGGCGCCCUUUGGAGACUCGCCCUCCCGUGGCCAGGAAUCGGGGACGGAGAGAAUGCUGGGAGAUGGCCAGUCGGGCAAUGCUUCAGGGGGGGCCGGAGGAUCCAAAGUUCCCAGACCUUUCACCGAGGACGAAGGCUCUCCACUGUGGGCUGAAGAGCCCCCGAGGGAGAAGGAUGAGCAAAGUGCUUCAAAGGGCAUGGAGGAUUCCCUGCUGGCCCAGAGGAUCGAGCCCAGGUACGAGGUCCUGCAGACCGUGGGGGAGAGGGCCCAGAGCGAGGCGGUGGCCGCCAUCUCCGGAGGGAAGGCCGUCACUCUGCGCCGCCAGAGGCCUUUGAAGGAGAACCGGAGAGCCAGUGGAUAUGGCAGGAGCGAAGGCUGGAGCGAGGCUCCUGCCCCGGAAACCGGCCCGUUGAAGGACCUCCCUGCCUUUGGGAGCCAGGGUGCUUUCCCCGGAGAAGGAACCGGGCCAGACAGAAAUCGGGUCGGACAGCAGCCGGCCUCUGAGAAGGCAGCGUCCUUCAGGACGAAGGAGGACGGCAACUUUGCACCAUGGCUGGAGACCGAAAAGGAGAGGUGGCUUGCUCCAGCCGGUUUGAGGGAUCGCGUCCCGCGGAGGGCUGGAGCCAGGGUGCCCGGGGCCGAUGGCUGCGAAGGUCAGAAGACGAGUCCCCUGCAAAGUGGCAGCUGCCCAGGGCUCCUCUUCGGCCUGGACCUGAAGCCCCCUCAGGGCUCUGAAGGACAGAAGCUGCGCUUGGCCGGAUACGGAGCCCAAGAACAGUGGGAGGGCACGGCGGAAGGGAAGGAGUUGCGAGGAGCCGGCAUCGAAGUGAGGUGGACGAGCAGCUUCCGUAACGUUUCUGCCCCCAAAGGUUCAGACCGGUGGCGAAGGAAGACUCUGCCCCACAGCGCUGCCAGGCCUGAGGGCCUGGGGGAGCCCCCUCAAGACCCUGCCGAACUAGCCAGCCGAAGCGACGCCCUGCAUCUGAUGGAUGGUGCAGCUGCCAAGGGAAGCCCCCAGGCCCUCCGUGGACUAGGCCCCAGGCAGGCGGAGGUCACCUCUCCCAGCAGCCCAAAGAAGCCGCUCUCUCCUUCAGAGCCCAAGGCCACGUAUUUCGCAGUCACCUGCCAAAUCUCGGGGGAGGAGGAGAUCAAUAACCAGCCUGGGAGAGCUGCGGCUGUGGCUCCUCCUGUGAGUGCUUCCAGGAGAGCUGGUCCCUCCAAUGGCCAGCGCAGGGAGUGCUUUUCGGAGGGAGGGAGCUCUCCAGGCAGGCCUCUUAGCUGGCACAGGGGAGAAAGAGGCGCCGCCUCGGACCGUUCGGUGACGGGGGCUUCUCGGGAGCCACUGACCGAGGCCAGAGACCAGGGGCAGGAGCUGCUGCAGAGACAGCUGGAGGCGGCGGCGGCGGCGGAAGGGCGUCUGGCCAGAGCUGACCCGCCCUUCUGUCCUGGGACAAGGUCUCCUCCUUACCUGGCACCCCUCCAGCAGGAUAGCCAGCCGAAGAGAUCCGGUGCGCUCGAUUUCGGCAGAGCGGGAGAGAAAGCCCCCGACCACUACAGGUCGAGAGUGGUCGACAUUGAUGAGCUGAUGGCAGAAUAUGGGGGAGAGUCCCAGAAGCUUUGGCUGGAUGUGCGCCCAGCAGCCCGUUUGCGGAGGUCUCCCUGGGGUGCCGUGGGUCAGCGGGGCUUGGCUGAGAGGAACAGGGUGGGGGGCUGCCUGACCCGGGACAUGGAGUUUUAUUACUGCCCAAGUUGCUGGAAACCCCUGUGCAGCCUCUGGGACCAUUUGAAGGAGUGCUUCGGCCGGCCAUCAGCAGAGGCCAGGGACACCGACGUCCUCGUGCAGGAGGCCGACAGCAGGUAUGGCACCUGGGGUGACCAGCGGCACAGUGGAGACAGUUUCACCCCGGAGUCCCCUUCCUGGGAGGGCAGCGUGGCCCCUGCGCAGAAGCCGUCCCCCGGCCACCGAGCCUCCUUGUACUCAUCUCAGAGGGACCUGGCCACUGCCGCUGACCAGCAGGAGUCAUCCAGGGAGCAGAGGAGCCCCAGCCUGGGUGAUUCCAGCCCAGAUGCAGAUUCGGCGUCUCCCCCCACGGAGAAGGCCAGCCCGGACUUCUCCUUCCUGGAGCAAACCCCCCGCCUGGACUCGGGGACCCAGAAGAGCCGGGUCCUGCUGGGCAAAAGACGGCAGCAGCAUCGGGCCCCCAUCUCCCGCAUCCUCAGGAGGGGUGCCAGUGCCCAGCCGACCCCGUUCUCCUCUGCGGCGGAGGGAGCAGCCAGCGCCUGGAUGUUCAGGGACUCCACAGAAGAGAAGCCCCCCAGGAGGAACAAAGAGGAGGAAGAGGAGCCCCCUGCAGCAGAGAGGCAGCUCCGUGCCCAGUCCCGGCUGCCACUCUUUCCGGGCCUGGCCCCCUCCGCCCUCAAGGUCGAAGCCAUGACUGGCCAGAGGAGGAGCUGCCUUAACUGA